AUGGCGUCUCAACCACCUCCUCCACCUGGCCAGGGAGGAAAUCUACCUCACGCAUCUAUGGCAGAGCGACCCGACUUGUCGUCUUAUGCCCCUUCAUAUGAUGCUGAUCCAGAACCUUUGCCUCUGAGCUCACUGGCACCACCCGCAAGGGGACAGAGUCAAAAACCAUCAGCAAGUAUCAAACCAUCAAACGCACCCACUAGCUAUGUUUCUAGUUCCCGAGCUGGUGGACCUUCACAUUAUCAAGCAUCUUCGCCUAGCGGGCCAAGCAACAGACCACCGAGCUCUUCCCUCGCCCAACAAUACCAAAGUCAGCGAGUUCCUUCAAGCUCACAACACCCAAAUUACGGACAGAGCCAAAAGGUCUCAUCAAGCUCGCAAUAUCAGAGUUCUGGGCAGACUUCGAGAGUUCCAGCUAGCUCACGUCCACCAACUUCACAAUACCAGACCGCGGGACAAAGCCAAAUAUAUGUUUCUGCUAAAUCCCCCAGCCAAUAUCCUGAAGGUCAACGAUAUGACCCUCCAGGAGCAACGGGAAUGCCAACAAUUUCGGAAAUGAGCUCUUUCAAGCCUACAAGUACUCGUUCACGAAGUGGAAGCGCUAGUAGACCCUCUAGCAGAAGUUCAAGUCGGGGCCCAUCUAUCGGACAAAGCGUGAUGGGAUCAAGACUAGACAAAAGCCCACAAAGUGUCAUGCCAGUAAAAAUCGAUCCAACCAGAGCACCCAGCAGAGCACCCAGCAGAGCACCCAGCGUUAUACCAAGUGCGCCACCAGGACAACGAUCUCUGUUUACUUCUAACCGUGACAAGCUAAUGGCUAGCCGACAAAUAAGUAUCGCUUCGAUGUCGGGAAGAGAAAGGGAAGAACAAGACAAGUGGGCCCAGCAGCAGAUUAAGUUGACUGCUGGCUGUCCUGAAAAUUAUACAUGGGAAUCGAGAUUCGGUGGCUACCAAUGCAAAGGCGGAGGACACGGCGUCACCGAUACCCUUCUGGCUGAGGGUAAGGGGGGUAUUGUGAGAUGUUUGGAAUCGAAAUGGGGAAAUUUGAAGGGUCCAUAUUAUAAAAAUGACGAAGGGCAGUGGGUCAGAAGCACUGCAAAUGAACCACCCGAAGACUAG